AGGAUUCCUCUCAACAAAAAACUCCCCCUAUUGCUUACAAAGAAACAACAAACAAAGAUGGAGAAAAACGAGGAUCAGAAGCUCCAAACUGCUGACAAAAUCGACAAGUUCCAGAUCUUGAAAAGGACUUUACAGCUUGUUCUCUCAGUCUCUCUAUUUUCUUUGCUUCUUUGCUCUUCCUCAGGCUGCUUCUGCUGCUUUCCCCAUUCCUUCAGCGUCUUCUUUUCCACGUCCCUUUUCUCACUCUUCACGCACACCCUGGAAAGGAAGUACAUGUUUCUCAUUUGUUUUGGAAUACUUGCUGUUCUAGCCAAAAGCUCUGUUUCUUGCAGCUCUUCACCUUCUGAUCAGACUGAUCUUGGCGGUGCAUACUCGGAUUCUGAUGUGUCUGCUAUGAAGGCAUCAGUUGUUGACGAGGAAGUCCAUGUGAGAAGUACUGGGUCGGCAGAGAAUGUCCGUUUUGUAGCUAAAAGAGAACAAGAACAGGAAGAAGAUGAAGAGGAAGAACUUGCAGAAGCUUUUAUCGCAGAAGAUGAAGGGAAAGAGGAAGUAGAAGAAGAAGAAGAAGAAGAAAGUGGGGUAGUGGUGGGACCAGAAGAUGAGGAAGAAGCACCAGCAGCUGCAAAUGAUGAGUUAAACAAAAAAUUUGAAGAGUUCAUAAGGAAAAUGAAGGAAGAAAUUAGGAUUGAAGCUCAAAGACAACCAAUAGCAGUCUAAUGUAUAUUUUGAGAGAUCUGCCAGAAUGCUUUGUUCUCUUUUAAAAAUGACUAAGCUCUCAUGGUUUCUUCGAACCCUUUUUUCUGCUGUAUGCAUGUAGAACUUUGCCGCUUUCUUCUUGUUCUUUUACUUCAACUAGUUAGGUAAACCACAAACAUAUGUUCGUAUGAGAUUGAUGAUAAUGGUGUCAAUGGUCAUGUAACCUUUUCAAUGUUUUCAUCAUGUCGUUGAUUAA